AUACGGUCUCCGGUGGGCGUGACAUACAUUAUCACUUUAUAAAUAAUAUCAAUAUUAUCAUAGAGAAAUAUAUUUUUCUAUAAUUUUUUAUUUAUUUAUUUAACAAUAAACCAGUGUCAAAUAACAAUAUUACAGUAGCACUUAUUCAUUUUACUAAGAUUUAUUAAAAUACAUUAUAAAUAAUAGUAUAAUAAUAAUAAACAUAAUAAAUAAUUUGUUUCCGUUCUUAUAAUGUCGUAACAAAUAAGGCUAUACAUUAACAACUUCUAAUCAGAUUACGGAUACGGUUUUAACUUUUAGAGUCCAAUACUUCAUACCGUAGGGAUACAGUAAACCGAUCAGCUGGUUGAGUGUCGCUUCUAUAUUGUUCUGUGCUGUCUAGCCUCAGAUAUUAUAGAUAAUAAAGUUGAUUAUCUAAUAUCAGUGUCUGUGUCAGUUGCUAUCUUGAUUCUCGUUCGCUGUAAACUACUAACCACGAUUAAAAAGAAAUUAAAAGUUCUUUUUAUUCGUGCAUUCAUGCCACAGUACAAACUCGGCUUACAGCUAUCACCAGAUUGGUACUGAUGACAGAAUAGUAAAUAGUAAAUUCUAAAACUAAUAACUCAAUAAAUAAUUUUCCAUGUCCUCGUUAUCGGCAUCUGACUCGGUUUUGGUGAAAGAACUAUUUGUUUCAUCAAAAACACCAGUACAGGAACUUGAAAAAAUGUUGGCAGUUUUUGACUUUGAUCAAACAGUAGUUGAUGGAAAUUCUGAUGUAGUUGCUAUUGAUUUAAUAAAUCCUGCAAAUCUUAUUCCAAACAGAAAAGAUUUUCCAAAAAAUUGGACUCAAUAUAUGCAACGAGUAUUUGAUAUAAUAAAAACUAUUAAAAUUCCAGCUGAACAAAUAAUUGAUGUUGUAUCCUUGAUGAGACCCAAUGAUGGUAUGCCAAAGUUAAUGAGAGCACUUCAUGAAAAUAAUUUUGAUAUCAUAAUGGCAUCCGAUUCAAAUUCAUUAUUUAUCUACAACUGGUUAAAAUACAAUGAGUUGUUAGAUGUAGUUUCAUGUAUUUAUACAAAUCCAGCAACAGUUGUAGAUAACGCCAUUAAAAUUGAACCUUACUCUGUUCAAACUAAAUGUGACUGGUGUACUACAAAUAUGUGUAAAGGAGCAAUUGUGGAGGAACAUAUAUUAAAUAAAAAUAAAAAAUAUGAUAAAAUAUUAUAUUUUGGUGAUGGUCACAAUGACUUGUGUCCAAUUUUGAAAUUAACUAAAAAUGAUAUUGCAUUUCCGAGAUUGGGUUACAUUUUGGAAAACUUGCUGAAGUCUCACUCAACAUCAGCAGAAGUAAUACCAUGGUGUACAGGUGAAAAUAUUUAUGAAUUCUUAAAGUCUUCCAAGUUAAUUUCAGCUUAGAACAAUAAAUAAUAUUAUUUUCCAAUAACUACUAAUUUAGUUAACUUUUACAAGUACUUAUUAUGAUGUAUAAAUUAUAUUUGUUGUAUUUAUAAUUUUUUAUAAUGUAUUUCAAGUAAUAAUAUAAAGUGACUGAUUUUUUCUGGUGUAUUGUGUAUACAAAUAGCUUGAUAAAUAAUUUCAUUAUGUAUUUAAAAUUUUAAUAUUCAAAGAUUUAACUAAUUUUAUUAAAAUUUGAUAAAUUAAUAGAGAUAGAACUUUUCUAUUGUCUAAAUAAAAGUAUUGGUUAAUCACAUUAAAGAUUCAGAGAAGAUUUUCAUUUACCUGACUAUCAUAAUAUUAAUAGAGAAAUUUAUUUUGACAUCAUGUUAAUAAAUUGUUUUAUUAAAAUUAUCUUUACUAUUCUUGAGCAGAAGUUGAAUGAACCUAACUGCUUGAUAGAUCUCUUCUAUAACAAUAUAUGCUUAAAUUGUGAUCAAUGUUUUAUAAUACAUGAAUACAUUUGUGUAAGCUUGUAUACAGUAGGCUUUUAGGGGUUCACUUUUUCGAAAUUUUUAAAGUAAAAACAAAAACUUUAUGUAUAAUACAAUUACAAUUUUUGUAUAAAAAAUAUUUUAACCUUCCCCACCC